GCGGCCGUUCUGUUUGCCUGAACUAGCACAUUCUCCGUUACUACCAAGAAACCAGACAUUCGAGGAGAUUGAAAGAAAAUAUAGAUCAUGUAUGGAGAAGCGGCCAAUAAAUUAGUGCAAAACGCGAAGCGCACUCUUGCCCUCCCCCAUCUUCCGCCCUAUGCCUCAGAGCUCACGCGCUCCAUAGUCCGCGAAGUGCGCGACCUCGACAAAGACGUUUCGUCGAUCCUCGCUCCCUACAGCGGCUCCUUCAACCCCAGCGCAUCGCCUGAAACAGCCUGCGCUCUCCUUGUAAACCACUUGUGUAUGCGCCGGAACAAGCGGUGUCUACUCGCCUACCACCGUGUGCGGAGCGACAAGCUGGAGGAAUACUGCUGGGAGGGUAUCGAUGUGCUGGAGCAACAGGGCAGCAAGGACCAUAGUGGAGAAGGAGGGAGGGGAAAUGGUAUGGGUGCCGGAGGCGGAAAAGAAGAGAGCAGUCUGAGUCCAGAAGAGGAAGAAUACGUGAGGCAGUACAGCGAUCUGCUUGCUGCGUACAAGGGGCAAUGGACCGACAUCGAUCUGACGGGGAGUCUGGAGCCGCCUCGCGAUCUGUUCAUCGACGUUCGCGUCCUAAAGGAUGCGGGCGAGAUACAGACGGAAUACGGGUCCAUAACCCUGACCAAGAACUCGCAAUUCUACGUCCGGCAUGGCGACGUUGAACGCCUUAUCACGCAAGGAUACCUCCAACGUCUAAGCUAAUCUCUCUCCAAUACAUGUGAGAUCGACUCUCCUUGCCAUGCAGCAUCACACAGCAUGCCUUCUCAACCAACCAAUUAACCUGGUAUGUCCUCCCGCGGAGAUAUUGAUUUGGCAAAUCCUUUACACCUCCGUGACCUGGCCCCCAAAACACUUUUGUAAGAUCAGCCCCGAAGCUGGGUUGCCGAGCCGCACCCGAGACCAAGGGAUAUCCAGAUCCAGAUCUCAGUGGCGGCAAGGCUGUGUUUUCUGGAAGCACGCGCCGCCCACCAUCACCAUUAGGAGGAAUACCACGCUGUCAUAAAUCUUCACUGGACCUUGCCCCCC